GCGUGCUGUCUUGUGUAACAGCUCUUGUCAAAUUGUAAUGAUAAAGUCUGUUUUGAUAUUUUAGGGAAGAAUGGCUGAACCACCGGGCUUCUGUUAUAUACUGCAUGAGACAGAUUCAUCACCAUUCUGCAUAGAACAGUGUUCCAGUAAUAUCCUGCCAUGUAAAUCACCAGUCUAUAUACAACUGUCAGAGGUGUGGAAAUCAGAGGCUAUGCGACGGACUUCUUGUCUUGUCAAAGUGUUCUAUAUCCAUAUGAAGGAAUCCACAAAUAUGCUGUAUGUGACCGACUACAGCUUGAAGACGUUACAGUCUUACAGCAUCAUACAAGUAUCCAAUGCCUGUGAUUUCCCAGCUAAAUUAUCCUCAUUGACAGAAAGAGCUAUCCUAAUUUUACGUGAUGUUUUCUUAAGCCAAGGUGAACUUCAUGCAGAUGAGUACACUAGCAUAUCAUUACCAGGGGAUAUGUUACAAAUAGAUUCUUCAAUGAAUCGCGAGAUUAGUCGUUUACAGCAAGUAGCCAUUGAUGUUACAGACAUUCAUAAAGGUGUCACUGAAAAUGAUUUAUGCAUCAUUAAAGGUCAUAUAAGUGAGGUAGAUGAGGAUUCAGCGUACAGCUGGGAGGCCUGUGUGCAUUGUGGAAGUGAUCAGUUACAGGGAGAUUCUUCUCAGGGAAUUACAAAGUGCCUAACAUGUAAGAAAACCAUGGAAGAACCCUCCACAAAAAUGAAGAUGGAGGUAAUAGUCACAUGUGAGAAAUCUGACAUCCAGGCUAAAGUUGAUUUACUUCAAAUGACAAUAGAGAAUCUUCUUCCUGCAGAUGAGAUGGAUGAGGAAGGUUAUGAAUUGUCGAGUGUUCUCAGCAAGAAAAUAGGACCAUUAAAAUGUGUGGUUUUAUCGAGCAAUAGUGAUACUUUUAUACUUAAGGAAAUUGAUUUGUUAAAAUGAAUACUACAGGAGUUUCCAUAAAUAUUUUCCGUUAUGAAAAUUAUAUUUGAGCCGCACCACAAGCAAAACAACAUAGUGCCUUUGCGACCAGCAUGGAUCCAGUCCAGCCUGCGCCUCUGCGCAGUCUGGUCAGGAUCCAUGCUGUUUGCUUACAGUUUCUUUAAAAUGCAGUAGGCUUUGAAAGCAAACAGCAUGGGUCCUGACUAGACUGCGCAGAUGCACAGACUGGUUUGGAUCCGUGGUGGAUGCAGACGCAUUAUGUUAGUUUUCUUAUGGCAUGGCUCAAUUGUAUCCAGCCAGCAGGUUGAAAGACCCUUUUGCCAUUGAUAGUACAUGAUUAACCUCUUAAUAUUUGUAACAUAUAUUGUAUUGAUCUCAUACUGUUCUGUGUUGGGAUGUGCAGAAAAUAUGAAUCAGUGUCUGGUCUGUCCAUGCUACUUACUUUCUUUCACAUGUUUAAGAAAAAAUAGAAUGCGUACUUAUUAGGUUACUUUACUGAAAACUUUGGUAUUAAGAUACAGUGGUUUUUAUUGGAUUUUUCUAAACAAUCUGUGGCUUUCUGAAGGGGAAAAUAUAGCAAGAUAAAUCCCAAAAAUGGGAAAUCCGAAUCUUUUGGUUUCCAUGAUAUCAGACAGAGUUAACUUUACAAGAACUGAAAUUAAUGUCCUUAUGAAAUUGGCAUCUGACAGUGUGACAUAAUUAUCAGUUCAUAGUAGCUGUGAUAAUUGUAAAUUUGAAGCAACAUAAGGGUUAAUGGAGUUAAAAAUAAAUUAAAGCCAGGUAGUUGGAGUUUAAAAUUAUGAAAACUCCGGACUUGUUAUUAAUUAUUCAGUAUGCAUAUAACAGAAUAUUUUUAUAAAAUUCCAAGGGGAAAUUAUUACCAUCUAAAAGGGAAAAUAUAACACUUUUAGGGGAAAAUAUAGUCAUUUCUGAAGUAGGGGAAACAGCUUGUAUUUGCCUGUAAAAAUAGCAAAAUUUAUAUAACUGCAAAUAGCGUUUAGGGUAAACAUCUUUAGUAUUUGCUUUUCAUGACCCAGUUGUUAAAAACUUCAGAGGAAUAUUGUGUUUGAACUGUCUGUUAUUCCAUCUCUCCUACUGUAUGUAACUCCUACCAUUUCUAUUCAAUAUUCAGUAGAAUCUUGGAUUACAUCAUCAACAUGAAAUGGACCUGAGCAUAUUUUUGGGACUUUCAUGCCAAAGUACCCAUCUACCUUGUAUACUCAGCUCCUGGUUGCUGUCCAUUUCAAAUGAAACUUAAAAUACAUUAUCAAUAUGAAAUGGACAUGGUCAUAUGAUCUGGACUUUCUUUUUGGAGUAAGCCCUUUUUAGCUCACCUGUAACAUAGUGACAAGGUGAGCUUUUGUGAUCACCCUUCAUCUGUCCCUGCGUGCGUAAACAAUUUCUUGUAUGCACAAAAGUGGUUCAUUUAUGAUUUUAUUUUAACCAAACUUGCACACAACUUGUAUCACCAUAAGAUCUUGGUUCCUUUCUUGAACUGGCCAGAUCCCAUUAUGGGUUCCAGAGUUAUGGCCCCGGAAAGGGUCAGAAUUAGCUAUUUUGACCUUGUCUGCACAAUAGCAGCUUUAUUUAUGAUUUUAUUUUAACCAAGCAUGCACACAACUUGUAUCACCUUAAGAUCUUGCUUCCUUUCUUGAACUGGCCGGAUUCCAUUAUGGGUUCCAGAGUGAUGGCCCCUGAAAGGGCCAAAGCCCCAUGUGGUUCUGGGACGAUGUAAAGAAUUGGAACCAGUGCCUUACCCUUGCAUGAUCGUAAGAGGCGACUAAUAGGGUCUUAACACUUGGUUUUGCAGUAACUCCGUGAUUCCAACAUGUAUGCAAAGUUUGAUUCCAUGUUUUUAUUUCUAUGUAAAUGAGAUGUGGAACCAAAAUUUGUAGUCCUGUUUGGCCUUAUAUCAGCUAUUCUGUGUUGGUGCGCCGUAAAACACAAAUAAGUAAUUAAAUCUUUGAAAGAGCCAAAAUUAGCUAUUUUGACCUUGUCUACACAAUAGCAGCUUCAUUUAUGAUUUGAAUUUAAUCAGACUUGCACAAAACUUGUGUCACCAUAAGAACUCAGUUCUUUUCUUGAACUGGUCAGAUCCCAUAAUUGGAUCCAGAGUUAUGGCCUCUGAAAGGGCCAAAAUUAGCUAUUUUGACCUUGUCUGCACAAUAGCAGCUUCAUUAUGUCUCCCCGCCCCUCUGGGGGAGACAUAUUGUUUUUGCCCUGUCCGUCCGUCCGUCCGUACGUCACACUUCAUUUCCGAGCAAUAACUGGAGAACCAUUUGACCUAGAACCUUCAAACUUCAUAGGGUUGUAGGGCUGCUGGAGUAGAUUAUCCCUAGUGAUUUUGGGGUCACUGCGUUAAAGGUCAGGGUCACACGGGCCUGAACAUUGAAAACCAUUUCCGGUCAGUAACUUAAGAACCACUUGACCCAGAAUGUUUAAACUUAAUAGGAUGAUUGUUGACCCCUAUCGAUUUUGGGGUCACUCUGUUAAAGGUCAAGGUCACAGGGGCCUGAACAUGGAAAACCGUUUCCAAUCAAUCUUGAGAACCUCUCGACCCAGAAUGUUGAAACUUCAUAGGAUGAUUGUUCAUGCAGAGUAAAUGACCCCUAUUGUUUUUGGAGUCACUCCGUUAAAAGUCAAGAUCACAGGGACCUGAACAUUAAUGACCAAUUCCGAUCAACAACUUAAGAACCUCUUGAUCCAGAAUGUUGAAACUUUAUAGGAUGAUUGAACAUGCAGAGUAGAUGACCCCUAUCGAUUUAGGGGUCACUCUGUUAAAGGUCAAGGUCACAGGAGCCUGAACAUGGAAAACAAUUUCCAAUCAUUAACUUGAGAACCACUUGACUCAGAAUGUUGAAACUUCAUAGGAUGAUUGAACAUGUAGAGUAGAUGACCACUAUUGAUUUUGAGGUCACUUGAUCAAAGGUCAAGGACACAGAAGCCUGAACGGUGACUUGAGAACCACUAGGCCAAGAGUGUUGAAACUUAGCAGGAUGACUGGACAUGCCAAGUAGAUGAUCCCUAUUGCAGCCAACCAUCACUGUCUCUUUGACUUUCGCUCCUGAACCCUAUUGACUUCUUGCCUAUACGACUUUGCAUUGGGGGAGACAUGCGCUUUUUAGCUCACCUGUCACAUAGUGACAAGGUGAGCUUUUGAGAUCACCCUUCGUCCGUCGUCUGUCCGUGCGUCCGUCAGCAAUUUCUUGUCUGCGCGAUAGUAGUUUCAUUUAUGAUUUUUUUUAACCAAACUUGCAUACAACUUGUAUCACCAUAAGAUCUCGGUUCCUUUCUUGAACUGGCCAGAUCCCAUUAUGGGUUCCAGAGUUAUGGCCCCUGAAAGGCCAAAAUUAGCUAUUUUGACCUUGUCUGCACAAUAGCAGCUUUAUUUAUGAUUUGAUUUUAACCAAACUUGCACACAACUUGUAUUACCAUAAGAUCUUGGUUCCUUUUUUGAACUGGCCGGAUUCCAUUAUGGGUUCCAGAGUUAUAGCCCCUGAAAGGGCCAGAAUUAGCUAUUUUGACCUUGUCUGCACUAUAGCAACUUCAUUUAUGAUUUUAUUUUAACCAAACUUGCACACAACUUGUAUCACUAUAAGAUCUUGCUUCCUUUCUUGAACUGGCGAGAUUCCAUUAUGGGUUCCAGAGUGAUGGCCCCUGAUACGGCCAGAAUUAGCUAUUUUGACCUUUUCUGCACCAUAGCAGCUUCAUUUAUGAUUUGAAUUAAAUCAAACUUGCACAAAACUUGUGUAUUUAUAAGAUCUCGGUUUCUUUCUUGAACCGGCCAGAUCCCUUAAUGGGUUCCAGAGUUAUGGCCCCUGAACGGGCCAAAAUUAGCUAUUUUGACCUUGUCUGCACAAUAGCAGCUUCAUUUAUGAUUUGAUUUUAACCAAACUUGCACACAACUUGUAUCACCACAAGAUCUUGCUUCCUUUCGUGAACUGGUGAGAUUCCAUCAUGGGUUCCAGAGUUAUGGCCCCUUAAAGGUCCAGAAUUGGCUAUUUUGGCUUUUGCAGCCAUAUAGAGACUUAAUUUAUGGUUUUAAUUUGAUACAAACUUCCAAAGUAUCUUCAACAACAAUAAAUCUUGGAUUCCAUGACAAAUCAGAUCCAAUCAUAGGUUAUUAUCUGAUUACCUCCCCUGAUUGUAAUCAAAAUGGAUUUAUAUCAGUAAGUACUUAUAGGACUUAUUUGAAAUUUUAUUAUCGUUAUUAGUUGGACUGAGACAAUCAGGGUAGAUAACUAUGGACUGAUUUUAUGUCAAAUUACCUCCCUUUAUUUCAAAUUAAAAUGGGUAUAUCUCCAUUGCUAAUGAAGAUACUGAUCUGAAAUUUCAUUUAUGUCAACAGAUUUAUUUGGCAGAUCCUUCUUUUGUUCACUUACAAUAUUUUUAUUUUUUUAAUUACUUCCCUUUUACGUUACUAUAAAUAGCUUAUUUUUAGUAACUUUUUUAUUAUUGGCGGUAGGGAAAAACCGAGACCACUUUUCUGUGGUAAAACAUGGAUGGUACCUCCAAUUUUUAGGUGUAUUUUGACAUAUCUGUACCUUGUAAGAUUUUUUUUUUCUUUUUGGUUAAAUUUCUUCCCUUCGUUGUUCCUGUCCUUUCGACGUAGAUAUUUUUUCUGAGGACCUUCUUGUCCUCAAGUGCAAUGAUAACAGGUGAGCGAUAUAGGGCCAUCAUGGCCCUCUUGUUUACAAAAGCAAUUUCUAGUUUGACCUGUCUCUACCUGGUUAAGAGUUUUGUGUGGACAUACAUAGAUUUUUUGUUUGUUUGUUUUUACUAUAAAUAUACCAUUUUGAUAAUCAGCCAAAAAAUGCUAUACGAAAACAACUGACAUUGCUGUUACAGUAGUGUUUUAUAUAUAAUUUUAAUCCAAGUGUUUUGUUUAUUGUUUUUACAUUAUUGACAGAUAUCAGUUCAUUAUGUUAUACUGCAAUAGAGAAAAUUAGGUGCCUUCCAGUAGUGGACUUUGUAUUGCAUGGCAAUACUUCAUUCUCUUGUUCAAAAACUAUUACAGCUAGGUUCAUAUAACUUGGUAUGUGAAUAGAGGGCCAUAUGUUGGUCAAGUAAAAAUUGUUUCAGCUCCAUAACUCUCAUAUGCAUUGAUGAAUUACCUUAGAGGGACACAAAAAUUCCUGUUGAUGAGACAUUGUGUCAACACAUGAAUUAUGCUUGUCUGUUAAAGGUUAAGGUCACUUUUUAAGGUCAAGUAAAAAAAAAACUGCCCCAUAACUUUUUUAAUUGCAUUUAAGGAUUUUUUUUUACUACAGAAAUGUUUCCCAUGAUUAGCCUAUGUGUCGCGCACAUGACAAAUGGUUGUAGGUCAAAAGGCAAGGUCACUAUUGAAGGUCAAGUAAAAGUAUUUCCGCUCCAUAACUUUUAUGUGCAUUGAUGGGUUGUGUUUGUCUUUACUGCACACAAACGUUCUCCAUAAUGAGACAAUGUGUUGUAUACAUGAUUUAUGCUUGUAGUUCAAGGUCACUAUUAAAAUGUAAGUAAAAAUAGUUUCUGUUUCUUAGCUCCAAAAUGCGUUGGAGCAUUUU